CAAUACUCUUGAACCUUGAUUUCUAUGUUUUCUGAAGCCUUAUGAUUAUAGGUGCAGUACCAGUGGCCACUGGUCCAAGCUGUCUCUUUUACCCUUUCAUGAACCUAGUGGCUAGAGAUUUAUGUGGUGCUAAAAAUUUCAUUAAUUUUCUGCUAGGCACUGUUUUUUUUAGCAGGAAGUUUGCCUACUGAAAAAUCUUUAUUCAUCCCCUCAAUUAUUUUAGUGGGGCAAUCAUGAUGAGAAAAUACAUGAUGUCCAAUCGAACAAAAUUUCCAGAACUCUAUUAUUACUUUUUGUGAAUUUAAUUUCCAUCAGAUGAAAUAGUUAGACCUUUAAUCAGUGUACCUUCCCCAUCUUGUGCUGUCAGGAUUUUCAUGUUUUGGUUUCAGUGUUGGUUUGGCAAGCAAUAGAUCUGAUAAUUUUUUUAAUUUUGUUUUCAUUUAAAGCAGUGUAGUUUCCAUUUAAAGCAGUGUAGUUUCUAAUGUCUCCACCACUGUUGGGUGGUGAGGAGGAAGGACAGAGCAAUGGAUCUAUGGUAGCUUCUUCACGCUCUAUGGACUGUAUCUCCCAUAAUGGGUCUGGACUGAAAGAACGCAACUACCUUGGGUUGUCAGAUUGUUCUUCGGUUGACAGCUCCACGGUUUCGAGCUUGUCAGAAGAAAAGAAGAACAAGCUGAAUUUUAAGGCCACUGAGUUGAGGCUUGGUCUUCCUGGAUCCCAAUCACCAGAACGGGAACCAGAUCUUUGCUUGCUGAGCCCAGGAAAACUUGACGAGAAGCCACUGUUUCCUUUGCUUCCGUCAAAAGAUGGAAUCUGCUCCUCAUCACAGAAGAAUGUUGUUUCAGGCAACAAAAGGGGCUUUGCUGACACCAUGGAUGGAUUCUCAGAGGUGAAAAGUUCUGUUUAUACUGAAGGAAAUUGGAUGUUUCAUGCAGCUGGUUCUGAUUCUGAAUCUCCAGAAUCUGUUGGACAAGGGAAGUUUCCUGUGAAUUCAAUCAAUGUAAUGCUAUCAUCCAGGCCUUCUGGGACUCAGCCAACCAUGACUAAAGAGGUGCUCACUAAAGUUUUACAAGAACAGUCUCAUGCUACGAAUGGAGCCAGCCAUAACCCUUUGGGUGCUUCUAACAACAGCAGUGCCCCAGCUGCUAAGGCACAAGUUGUUGGGUGGCCUCCAAUUAGAUCAUUUAGGAAAAAUUCUUUAGCCACCACCUCAAAGAAUAAUGACGAAGUUAAUGGAAAACCUGGUCCUGGUGGUCUUUUUGUCAAGGUCAGCAUGGAUGGUGCUCCCUACUUGAGGAAGGUAGAUCUGAGAACCUACUCUACAUAUCAAGAGCUGUCUUCUGCUCUCGAAAAGAUGUUCAGCUGUUUUACCAUAGGGCAAUAUGGAUCCCAUGGAGCUCCGGGAAGGGAAAGACUGAGUGAGAGUAAGCUGAGAGAUCUUCUUCAUGGAUCAGAAUAUGUGCUUACAUAUGAGGAUAAGGAUGGUGACUGGAUGCUUGUUGGGGAUGUCCCAUGGGAGAUGUUUAUUGAUUCGUGCAAGAGGUUGAAGAUAAUGAAGGGCUCCGAUGCCAUUGGCUUAGCUCCUAGAGCCAUGGAGAAAUCCAAAAACAGGAACUAGACAGUGCCUGAAAUCGACUGUUUCGGGUUCCCAUUUUCAAUUGAACAUUAUCGUGGGGAAAGAGGAGUAAGCUGCAAAAGUUGGAACUUGGAAGGAAGAACACAGACAGUAUGGCCUGGGCUGGAUGGCAGUAUCAUGUUGAGCAUCUUGUCUUGCUGAUGUUUUGAUUGUCUGAAGAAGAAAAAAAUGAGCCAUUGUUUUUUAGUCUGUUUAUUAUGAAACAUCUUAAAACAUGUUAAGAAUAUUAGGAUUUGUGGAGUUCAUAAUGUUAUAGCCAACUAGCUGAAGUUUGUGAUGCUGAUAAUUGUUCUUGCAUGUAAUGCUUCUUCAUCACUCUCUUUAUAGGCUUCCUUUUCAGUAAUGUCACUAAUUUUCCCUU